GAAAAAGUGCGCAGGAACAAUUCUAUGAAACAAUUUUUACCAGUGUCAUCAAAAAAAAAAAAAAAAAAGCAAAGACAAAAGAAAUACCACACCUUCACAAAAUCCAAAAGCAUGCAUUAUAACAUAUGCUGUGAGAGAAGGAAACUUUACAGUGCUUUCUUCUGAAGCAGAGAAAGGAGAGACACACAAGGGAUGAGAAUGAAUGACACAGAGAAUACCACCUACGAUUACUUCUAUCACAAUUAUGAAGCCAGCAGCCCCUGCAGCACAGAUGCCACCCUAACCAUGGGCCCUGGAUUUCGGUCAGCACUUUUUCUGACCAUCUUCGUCCUCGGUAUCAUUGGUAACUUUGUUGUUCUGUGGGUCCUCAUCCGGUUCAUCAAGCUGAAAAGCCUUACAGAUGUCUGCCUCCUGAACCUGGCCAUCUCUGACCUGUUGGUGGUGCUCUCACUGCCCCUGUGGGUAUACCGUGCUACAGAGCAGGGGCUAAACAACAACAGCUUUUGUAAAAUCACUGUAGGUGUCUACCGGAUAGGGCUCUACAGCGGGUUCCUGUUUGUGUGCCUGAUGAGUGUCGAUCGCUACCUGGCCAUUGUCCAUGCUGUGGCUGCAAUGCGUGCCAGGACCCUUCGGUAUGGGGUAAUCGCAAGUGUGAUCAUCUGGACCACGUCCAUUUGUGGCGCACUGCCAGAUAUAAUAUUCACUGUAGUUUUUGAAGAGGAAGGUGUGCUAUCCUGCCAAAUUGGCUAUAAUACAGAAUCGGUGACGACUUUUAAACUCAUCCGUAGCUUUGCGGAGAAUGCAGUGGUGCUCUUUGUCUUCCUCCCUAUAAUGCUGUUUUGCUACAGCAAAAUCCUGGCUGUAUUACUGAGGACUCGGAACUCCAAUAAGCACAGAGCCAUGAGGCUGGUCUUUGCAAUUGUCGGCUUGUUUGUGGUCACCUGGGUUCCAUACCACAUGGUGGUUUUCGUGAUCGAUUUAAGGGCUCUGGAUGUUGAGAACCAUUGUGGGGCAUCGAGAUGGACAGAUAUGGCCCUGGACGUAACGGAGAGCAUCACCUUGGCACACUGCUGCGUGAACCCAAUCAUCUACGCUUUUGUGGGAGAGAAGUUCCGGAUGCACCUGAAACACGUGCUGUCCAGAAUACCAAUCUGUGGAGCUUUCUGCCAGUUUUCAGUGAUCCACAGCAAGGUGUCUGAGAACGAUACGUCCAACAUGACGGUUUGACAGCAGUCCAACAGUACAACAUCCCAGAAACAAGAGAGCUGUUCUGUUGAGCUCCCACUUUCAUCAACCAUUUCCUGCAUUUGUGGACAUUAUCGUAUGAUCUCAGUGCACGGCUUAUAAUUUGCAGGUGGGAAAAUGGAAUUUAUAUUUCCAUGUACAAUAUUGAAUAUCCAAUGGACACACAGUCUUUUAAAAGGUCUUAUACUGUAGGUCUAAGAACAGCCAAUUAUAUCAGCUGAAAUAACAAAGGGGCAUGAAUGCAUGUUGGUAAGAAUAUUGGGGGUCUAUUCAUUCAGUGCAUAAAGUGCAUAUUGCCUAUUGAAAUAUCAUAAAUAAAUGGAAUAUUGCUAAUUUCCUUGAUAGCUCCAAAAGUUCCCAAGUAAUCCAAAGUAAAGCCUUGAAAGAUACUGCUGGAUUAAAAUCAUAUUCCUGAAUAUGAAAUAAAACUGCACAAUAACUGGAAA